AGCCUUUGAUAAUUUUUGCUAUGGCGGCUCUCAGAAACCCUUUGGUUUAUAAAGCUGAAAGAUUGCUACUACUAAAUUGGUUACAAGCUAAAUGUUGAUGGCAUACAAGGGAUAUUAAAAGAAGCCAGACAUAGAGUCAUCACUUUGUGUGCAGGGUUUUUUGUAGAAUGAUAGUGUCAUGUCAAGCACUAUGGGACUUCUUGCGGUACAACUGAGUCAGCGUCUCACCUCCAGACAGGCUACAACAGUUACUUAGAUGCCCAUAAGCAGUAUAGGUAUAGUUGGUGCUGGAAUAGUAGGGCUGUCCACUGCUAUGCACAUACAGCGAGAACUGCCUAGAGUCCCUGUGACCAUCUAUGCGGACAAGUUUGACCGGGCUACAACUAGUUUCGGGGCAGGAGGUCUCUUUCGACCUAAUGUGGAUUAUUGUAAGGGCGUUGACCCUGAAACUGUAACUCGUUGGAGCAAGGACGCGUUUGAGUUCUUUUCUAGCCUAGCAACGUCUCCAAAGGCCUCGGAUACGGGUCACAUGAUCACUCCAGGUUACGUGUUCAGUAACACACCUAUAGAGAAUCCUUUGUACAAAGGGUUGGUUUUUAGCUUCAGAGACCUGACAUCUGCAGAACUACAGAAACUUGGAGUAGAUUAUAAGUAUGGCUACCAGGUGACCACAGUGGUGACAUAUGUACCUAAGUAUCUACCAUGGCUGAUGGCAAAGUUCCAGGAACAAGGGGGCUUAGUUGUCAACCGAACAGUCAAUUCUUUGGAGGAGUUUGUAGGUGUGCACAGUGUAGUGGUGAACUGCAGUGGCUUUAGGAGUCGAGACUUGGUUGGUGACAAGACAGUCUACCCUGUGCGUGGGCACCUUGUUAGAGUGAAGGCUCCAUGGAUCAAAUAUUGGGUGUACACUGAAGACUCGGCUUAUUUUAUUCCUGGGUUUGAUGAGGUGUCCUUGGGUGGGAUUCGCCAGAAAGACAACUACAGCCUUGACAUUAAUCCUAAGGACUCGGAAGGAAUCAAGGAGAGAUGCUACAAACUGUGGCCAAGCCUCAAGAAUGCACCAGUCAUAGGAGAAUGGGUUGAUCUUCGACCUCAUAGGGACCCAGUCAGGAUUGAGUAUGAGACCAUGAAAUUUGACAAGGGGCCAUUAAAGGUGGUACACAACUACGGCCAUGGAGCCAACGGCAUCACAUUGUCAUGGGGUACAUCCAGGGAUGCAGCGACCCUCGUUUCAAAAGCCAUUAUGGAGCCACAGGCCAGACUCUGAACUGUUGACUCCAUUGGCAUCAAGCACAUGCCUAUCUUUCAGUGCAUUGAAUAUAAUCAAAAGAGAUUUGCUUGAAAUAAAUGUCAUGUACCUUUACUUGCAUUUGAACUGAUGCCAUAUUAAAAUGCAUUUCAUUAUUUUCUGUAGAUUGGGUCUUUAACAAUAAUUCCGCUUUUAUUUUUAAUGGUGCACAUGCAACAAGUAAACUAUUAAUUUCUAUCCAAUUAGUUUUUGCCGUACAUGUUUUAUACCUGUUGAAAGUUACAAGCUACACAAGUAGAUAUUUAGCAGCAGUCUUUAUGGCGCUAUACGAGGGCACUGAUCAAAAUAUUCUUAUAAAAUUACAAACAAUUUGCUUUUACACAUUCAUGGUGUUAGUAUUGUUGUUAGUAUGUGUAUAUUUGCUGUUAUAUCAUCAUUUUAUAGUCUAUCGUUACUACAUUAUUCUCCUGUUCAUUAAUCUUGCAGCUUUACCGCGUAUUUUUUUGAAUCAACCAUAUUGUGUUUAUAUUUUGUAUUUUUAGCAUUUUGUUGAGACUGAUUGAUAUGUAUUUCUAUACAUUGUUUUGUUAAAAAAAAAUCACUGUACAUUUAUGUUAUUUUUUUUAUAUAGCAAAUGAACAGCUAGUUUUGUUUGUGUGAGAUUUAUAAUGCUAUAAUUAUGGUUCUUCAAACAGUAAAAUUGAGAAUUGUUUUGACUGCUCUGUAUAAGUAUUUAAUAGUAAUAUUAUUGUCCCCUACCGGUUUCACCGGUUUGCUCUCUGUGCGUCUGUGAGUCUGUCUGUCUGUUACACUUUUCUGGAUCCUGCAUAACUCUUGAUAUUUUUUCAUGAAACUUGAAACAUGGAUAGAUGCCAAUAUGGACAUUAUGCACAUCAUUUCAUUUUCUUCCUACAUCUAAAUUCUGGUUGAUAUGGCAACCAAAAAAAAAUUCUGACAAUGGUGGAGCCGGUAGGGGACAUAUAUUGCGUGGCAAUAGUCUUGCUAUAUAUAACUUUUUUUAAAACUUAAUUUAGUUAUGCCUUCAAUUGCUAUUUCAUUACAAGUAUGUUGGCUUACUAGAAAUAAUUAUUGGAUUUUGUGUGUUUGCUUUUAUAAAUUAUUAAUUAUCAAUACUGUCUUGAAUUACAAAAAUUAGCAUCAGCAUUUUUUUUAAAUAUUUGCAUUUCAUAUGUGAUCUAUUGUUUGAUUUUAUAUUUUCAUUUAAUGAUUGAUAUUUGUUAUCCUUUUGCCAUUUGCUUGAUGUUCAUGUUGUUAUACUUUGAUCAUUUUACAUCAGAAACUGGAUUUUCAUUUUGUUAUUAAUCAUUUUACAUCAGAAACUUGAUUUUCAUUUUGUUAUACUUUAAUCAUUUUACAUCAGAAACUUGAUGUUCAUGUUGUGAUACUUUAAUCAUUUUACAUUAGAAGCCUCAUGUUCAUCUUUUUAUAUUCAGAAGCAGGGUAACAUAGAACUGUAUAUUAUGAUUUCUUCAUAAUGUAAAGUAAAAUUUACCUCAGAUACAUACAAAUUAAGUUUUGUGAACAAAUAGGAAAAAGCA